AUAAGGAUCAAGGAAAGACGAAAGAGAGGCGAUUGCAGUGCUCUGGUGCUCCGACGAAUUCUCUCACAUGUCUGUAUGUAUCCUGACCGAGAGAGAGAGAGCACGAUUCACUUAAACCUAGCCCUAAAUCAACCCACUCUUGCAGAGAACUCACCUCCGGUGACUUUUCCGGCGAAAAUCCGAAUCCUUAGUUAAAUUCUUUCUGAAAAAGUAACAAUGGCAUCUGCCGAUAAUGGAGCUCAAUCUGAAACAAAGGAUCAAGCAACAACAAGUACUACUGCUGCGACUGAUCCUUACAAUGUCGAAGCUGCAGAAAUAUUAGCGAGCAGCGCACAGCAUAUGCCGAUUGCCCAAGCUGCACCGAUAUAUGAGCAAAUCCUUUCACUGUUUCCCACUGCUUCAAAAUUUUGGAAACAAUAUGCGGAGGCACAUAUGGCUGUGAAUAAUGAUGAUGCUAUAAAACAGAUAUUUAGCCGGUGUUUAUUGAAUUGUCUUCAUAUUCCUCUUUGGCGAUGCUAUAUUCGAUUCAUCAGAAAGGUCAAUGAGAAGAAGGGUGCAGACGGGCAGGAUGAAAUAAGAAAAGCUUUUGAGUUCAUGCUUGGUUAUGUUGGGGCAGACAUGGCAUCUGGGCCUGUAUGGAUGGAAUACAUUACCUUUCUGAAGUCACUACCAGCUCAAACUGCACAGGAAGAGUCAAUACGGAUGACCGCUAUACGUAAAACAUACCAGAAAGCUAUUAUCACUCCUACCCAUCAUGUUGAACAACUCUGGAGAGAAUACGAAAAUUUUGAAAAUUCUGUCAGCAGGCAAUUGGCCAAAGGACUCAUAUCUGAAUAUCAACCAAAAUAUAACAGUGCCAGGGCUGUCUAUAGGGAGCAGAAGAAAUAUGUUGAUGAAAUUGAUUAUAAUAUGCUAGCUGUACCACCAACUGGAUCUUUCAAGGAAGAACAACAAUGGAUGGCUUGGAAGAGAUUUUUGACAUUUGAGAAAGGAAACCCCCAAAGGAUAGACAGCGUGUCCUCCAACAAACGAAUUAUAUUCACCUAUGAGCAGUGUCUGAUGUAUUUGUAUCAUUAUCAAGAUGUAUGGUAUGACUAUGCUACCUGGCAUGCAAAAAGUGGCUCUAUAGAUUCUGCAAUCAAAGUGUUUCAGAGGGCUUUGAAGGCUCUUCCAGAUUCAGAUACGCUGAAGUAUGCUUAUGCUGAGUUGGAGGAAUCUCGUGGAGCAAUCCAGCCUGCAAGGAAAAUCUACGAAAGCCUCUUGGGAGAUGGUGUUAAUGCAACAGCACUAGCUCAUAUACAGUUUAUUCGCUUUCUAAGAAGGAAUGAAGGAGUGGAAGCAGCUCGCAAGUACUUCUUAGAUGCUCGGAAAUCCCCAGACUGCUCUUAUCAUGUUUAUGUUGCUUAUGCUUUGAUAGCAUUUUGUCUGGACAAGGAUUCAAAGAUCGCGCACAAUAUUUUUGAAGCAGGAUUGAAACGCUUCAUGCAUGAACCAGUGUACAUUCUGGAAUAUGCAGAUUUCUUGUCCCGUUUGAAUGAUGAGAGAAACAUUCGAGCUUUAUUUGAGCGUGCAUUAAGCUCGCUACCACCCGAGGAAUCUGUUGAGGUCUGGAAACGAUAUAUCCAGUUUGAGCAAACAUAUGGUGAUCUUGCCAGCAUGUUGAAGGUCGAGCAAAGAAGAAAAGAAGCUCUUUCGAGGACAGGGGAAGAUGGAGCAUCAGCAUUAGAGAGUUCAUUGCAGGAUGUUGUGUCACGGUAUAGUUUCAUGGAUCUUUGGCCAUGCUCCUCUAAGGAUUUGGAUCACUUAGCUCGGCAAGAGUGGCUAGCUAAAAAUAUUAAUAAGAAAGCAGAGAAGUCUGCUGUUUCUAACGGACCUGCGACUUUAGAUAAGAUUCCUGCUGGUCUGGCAAGUAAUUCAAAUGUAUCUGGUAAAGUAAUUUAUCCAGAUACCUCACAAACAGUAAUUUAUGACCCAAGGCAAAAGCUAGAGGCUGGAAUUCCACCUAGCACAACAGCGUCUGGGUUCAAGGCUGCUUCUAACCCAUUGUCGAAUCCUAUUGGAUUGGCACCCAAUGUAUUUGAUGAGGUGCUGAAAGCAACACCACCUGCAUUGAUAUCUUUUUUAGCGAACUUGCCCGUAGUUGAAGGUCCUGCACCAAAUGUAGAUAUUGUAUUAUCAAUUUGUUUGCAGAGUGACGUACCUGUUGGGAAAACAGGAAAGUCAGGGACAACCCAAACUCCAAUGCUUUCUGGUCCUGCAACAAGUGAUCUUUCUGGUUCGAGCAGAUCACGUCCUGUCCCAAGCGGUUCAUCUUUCAAAACACGGGAUAGACAAUCUGGGAAACGGAAGGACCGAGACAGGCAAGAAGAAGAUGAAACGGCUACCGUCCAAAGCCAGCCAUUACCUAGAGAUGUUUUCAGGAUACGGCAGAUUCAAAAAUCGCGAGCUGCUGCUACCACUUCACAGACAGGGUCAGUAUCAUACGGAAGUGCUCUCUCAGGAGAUCUGUCUGGUAGUACCACCUGAUCACCAUUCGGCAUAAAUGAAUUGUCAGUGCGAGUAGAUCUGUUCAGAACAUAUUUACAUAGAUGUAUUUUGAUAGUUCAAAUUAUAACGACCACACGCUACAGGGAAAGUUAGGAUUUAUAGUCUCCACAAGGUGUUGUGGAGCCGUUCUCAAAAAACUUUAUUUAAUUUUGUGGUGAUUUGAAAAAAGUAUUUAAAAGAAUUUCCAUGAUUCAAA